AAAACCGGAGGAGUGUGAAAAGGCAAAACCAGUCAGGGCGACGGAGCAAAUGGCAACGGAGAAGCGACCGGAUAUCAGCACUACCGGACGAGAUCAUACACACCAUCAUCUCCAGCCUCGACGAUGCACAACAAGCGGCGAGAACCAGCACGUUGUCCAGAAGAUGGCUCCAUCUCUGGCGAUCUUAUCCGGUGCUGGAGUUUCGCGGCGGCGACGAGCCAUCAAAGGCCUCCGCCGCAGAGUAACGGAAAUUCGCCCGAUUCGCCGUCGCCUCGUCCCGAAGACUCUCUCUCUCUCUCUGCCACAAGAAUCCCCAGAUGGCAUUGGAUUCGUUCAAACUGUCGCUGAUGUACUUCCCCCUAUCCUGUCCCCUGCACGUGAGAAAAGCCUUGGACAUGUUGCUAGCCAAGGCGCCGGGGGGGCAGAAGCGGAUCGCCGCUCGAGAUCGUGGUCAGGACCGGAUGGCUACACUUGUUUCCGGCAGGAUUGCUGGCCAAUUGCAGCCGGACGAAAGUUCUCAGGCUCCCAAGGCUGUGAUUUGAACGGACUGGGAAGAAGAAUCUCUCUGCAACACGCCUUCAGUUCCUUCAUCUCAAAUCGGUCCGAAUUACAGAACAAUCGGUCUACAAUCUCAUGGGUAAUGCAGGUAAUCUCGGGCGUUUCUGUCUGGAAUCGUGUUAUGGGAAUUGAGAGGCUUGAGAUCUCUGCCAGCAAUUUCCCCAAAUUGAAAAACCCAGUAAUUCGAACAUCAGGAUCUGGUCCGGGCUCCGAUAUAUGAACUCCAGCUCACUACAGCACCUUUCCUAGAGCAGCUCGGAUUGGUUGAGGGGGGAGAAGCCAUGUAUGUUGAGAUCAUUGUCAUUGUCUUCCGUAGGGAUGGCAACUUUGCCCAUACCCAUGGGUUUCUAUCCAACCCAAUUGGGUUGGGUAUGAAAUCCAAAUAGAUGGAUAUGGGUAGAAUUUGAUGGGUUUGUAGUUUGUACCCAUACCCAUUUUCUUUGGGUUGAGUUGGGUUUAUAUCAAAUGGAUUUGGGUUUGUACCCAUGCCCAAAUACAAAUUACAGUUUGGU